AUGGAGGCUGAGGAAACGAUGGAAUGCAUUCAAGAGUUUCCUGAACAUCAUAAAAUGAUUCUGGACCGAUUGAAUGAGCAGCGGGAUCAGGACCAGUUUACUGACAUCACUCUGAUAGUGGAUGGUCACCAUUUUAAAGCCCACAAAGCUGUUUUGGCUGCUUGCAGUCAGUUCUUCUACAAAUUCUUUCAAGACUUUACUCAGGAACCUUUGGUGGAAAUAGAAGGUGUAAGUAACAUGGCUUUUCCUCAUUUGAUUGAGUUCACAUACACAGCAAAACUAAUGAUACAAGGUGAAGAAGAAGCAAAUGAUGUAUGGAAAGCAGCAGAAUUUCUUCAGAUGCUGGAAGCCAUCAAAGCACUCGAAGUUAGGAACAAAGAAAAUUCCUCACCACUAGAGGAAAAUACAACUGCAGGAAAAAAUGAAGCAAAAAAGAGGAAGAUUGCUGAAACUUCCAAUGUUAUCACUGAAUCGUUACCCUCUUCAGAGUCAGAGCCUGUGGAAAUUGAGGUGGAGAUUACUGAAGGGACAAUUGAAGUAGAAGAUGGCCUAGAAACUCUAGAAGAAGUAGCUUCUGCAGAACAGUCUAUAAAAUACAUACAGAGCACUGGUUCCUCUGAUGAUUCUGCUUUGGCUUUGUUGGCUGAUAUUACCAGCAAGUACCGUCAGGGUGAUAGAAAAGGGCAGAUUCAAGAAGAAGAUGGCUGUGCAUCUGGUCCCACAAGCAAACAGGAACACAUGAAAUCACACUCCACUGAGAGUUUCAAGUGUGACAUAUGCAAUAAAAGGUAUCUUCGGGAAAGCGCAUGGAAACAACACCUCACCUGUUACCACCUUGAGGAAGGUGGAGCCAGCAAGAAACAACGUCCAGGGAAAAAAAUUCACAUAUGCCAGUACUGUGACAAACAGUUCGACCAUUUUGGGCGUUUUAAAGAGCACCUUCCCAAACAUACAGGUGAAAAGCCUUUUGAAUGUCCAAAUUGCCAUGAACGUUUUGCUAGGAAUAGCACACUCAAAUGUCAUCUGACUGCAUGUCAAUCUGGUGUGGGGGCUAAAAAAGGAAGAAAGAAGCUUUCUGAAUGUCAGGUCUGUAACAGUGUAUUUAACAGCUGGGACCAGUUCAGUCACUUGGUAAUACAAACAGGAGAUAAACCCAACCAUUGUACCUUAUGUGACUUGUGGUUUAUGCAAGGAAAUGAGCUGAGGAGGCAUCUCAAGGAAAUACACAACACUUCAGAACGAAUAGUGACGGAGGAACUCCUUUCUGUAGAGACGGUGGAAACUGAGCCCGUGACAUCAAUGACUAUCAUAGAACAAGUGGGGAAGGUUCAUGUGUUGCCACUGCUUCAGGUCCAAGUGGAUUCAGCCCAAGUGACUGUGGAGCAGGUCCACGCAGAUCUGUUAGAGGACAAUCAGGUGCAAGGCACGCAGGUGGAGGAGCUACCGGAGCAGGUCCAAGUGAGCUAUUUAGAAGUGGGUCGAAUCCAUACGGAAGAAGGGACCGAAGUACACGUGGAGGAGCUGCAUGUUGAACGUGUAAAUCAAAUGCAAAUGGAGGCACAGGAUGAUCUUCUAGAAGAUGCCGACCUAGAGCAAGGGGACCCUGAAAUCAUGGACCAGGGAGAAUUAGAAGAGAGUAAAGAGAGCCAAGCAGAUGCUGCUGAAGCCAGUAAGGAAGAUCACGGGCAAGGUGAAGAUUUAAAGACUGAACCCAUGGUAGAUGGACAGACUUUAAAAACACAAACCUAGGACAGAACAGCUGUGCCAGUUUU